AUGAAGUCAAUAGCUUUAUACUUCUUGUUAUCAAUUUUCGGUGUAGAAUCGGCUAGGAUUUUAGGAGUGUUUCCUAUGCCAUCAAUAAGUCAUCAAGUUGUCUUUCGAGCUCUGAGCAUGGAGCUAGCCAGGAGAGGACACGAAUUGGUGAUCAUAACGACAGACCCUGCCCUGCCAAAGAAUAGACCGAAAGAUAAUAUUACUGAGAUAGAUAUUAGUCGUUCUUACCAACUUUUGCGUAAAUUCGAUGAAUAUGCUGAAAAAACUCAGCCGAUUCAGAAACGUGGAGUGAUUUCUGGAGUGGAAAUAAUGAUCAGUGAGCAUGCUGCAGGGGCCAUGUUUAUGCUGAUGGCGGAAGUAUUCAACAGCGAAGAAGUGAACCAGUUACUUCAAGACAAGAACCAGAAGUUCGAUUUAAUCAUAUCAGAAGCCAUUAUGAGUUUCCAUUUGAUAAUCGGGAAAAUCUUCAACGCGCCAGUUAUUCUAUUCUCGUCUUUGUAUGGUCUUCCUGAAACUUUCGAAACAGUGGGGGCCGUGACGCGCCAUCCGAUUUUAUAUCCCCAUUUAUUUAGGAAUAAGUUUACAGAUUUAACAUUAUUCGAGAAAAUCCGCGAGGUCUACUAUGAGGCUCGAUUGACCUUGCUGUAUUGGGGUCUUCAGAAUGCUGAAAAUAAUUACCUGAAGUCCCGUUUCGGAGAGAACGCACCUACAGUACAACAAUUAAGGGAGAAUGUCUGUAUGGUGUUUUUGAAUUCGUUCCCUCUCUUUGAUAACAACCGACCGGUGCCACCUAAUGUGGUGUAUUUGGGAGCUUUGCACUUGCAACCUGUUAAGGAAUUGCCUGAGGACCUAAAGACAUAUCUGGAUAACUCUAAACGUGGUGUGGUAUACGCCAGCUUGGGGACGAACGUGCGUGCUUCAGCCAUGAGCAAGGAGUUUCUGGAAACUUUCAUCAAAGCUUUCGAAGCUCUUCCCUAUGACAUAUUGUGGAAAAUCGAUGGAGAUGACAUAAAGGCGUUUCCAAAGAAUGUUCGUGUGCAAAAAUGGUUCCCCCAAAGAGAUUUAUUAGUUCAUCCAAACAUUGUGGCCUUUGUCACACAAGGCGGGCUCCAAUCAACUGAUGAAGCGAUUGAUGCCGGAGUACCUCUAGUCGGAAUACCUUUAAUCGCAGAUCAGUGGUACAAUGUUAAUAAAUACAAAGAACUUGGAAUCGGUAUCAGUUUGGAUUCAUUCACAGUUAAUGCUGAAGAAUUGGCUCAAGCUGUCAAAACUGUGGCUACAGACAAAAGUUUUAAGAACAACAUCGCGAAAAUCAAAACCCUGAUGCACGAUCAGCCUCUGAAGCCAUUAGAACGCGCGGUCUGGUGGACGGAGCAUGUUCUUCGAAACGGAGGAUCCAAACACCUUCGUUCGCCAGCGGCCAACAUGAAUUACUCAGAAUAUUUAAUGUUAGACGUUGUCUUAGCCUUAUUAUUUUUAUUCUUUACUGUGAUAUCGAUACUCGCUCUCAUUGCGUACAAGCUUUUUGGUAUAUUAAAGAAAAUGACCUUUAGUGGUAAAUUAAAAAGUAGCUGA